GUCCAGCAAGCAGCAUUUAUGAUUCUGAGACGUGGUGUUUUGUUUGUGGACAGCCUGGAUUUUCUCAGGGCUUCAGAUUUUUAUCUGUGUUUGAGAGGAGAUGGACUGUUUCUCUUGCUGGAGAGCCUCACCCACAUAACUUUGGCAGUAAACAAGUUAGUUGAUUGGUUUUGCUUUAUAUACUGUGAUUUAAUAAGGAAAACACCAACGUAAGCCAGUCCGAGCAGCGUCGGUGGUACCAGUGCCAUGCUUUCCAUUGGUUCCUGUUUACAUGAUGCCCACAGGACACGCGGUGAUUGGUGGCUCCUCACACGUGACCAGGCAACUUUGUACAUUUGACAGGGAGUAGGAGGGUUUUGUGGAGAUCAGAAAAACGACAGCGCGAUAAAAAUUAGUAUUGUUGCACUUCACAAAUUAAUGACCAUGAGUUCCUACUUGAUAAACUCCAACUAUAUCGAGCCUUCCUUUCCUCCAUGCGACGAAUAUCAGCAGAGCGGAUACAUCCCCAACCCUGGAGAUUACUACGAGCGGCCAAAAGAUACGGGCUUCCCCCAUCACGACGAACCAUCCUAUCCGAGGUCAAACUACACAGAAUCGGGAUACGAUUACGGUAACGUCCCCGCCGCCGGACUCGACGAUUUCAGCGACGGGCAUCACGCACAGCCGCAGCCGGUUCCACAAAGCCACGGUCCUCGCCUCACCGCGGCCCCAGACGGUGGCGCAGGGGCAAAUGCCAGCAAAGACUGCAGCCUCGCCGGUGAGGUAUAUCCCGGCGUAGCGAAGGGCAAGGAACCGGUGGUCUAUCCUUGGAUGAAAAAGGUCCACGUUAGCACCGUCAAUGCCAGUUACACUGGAGGAGUGCCCAAGAGGUCCCGCACUGCCUACACCCGCCAGCAGGCUCUGGAGCUGGAGAAGGAGUUUCACUUCAACCGGUACCUGACCCGGCGCAGGCGGGUGGAGAUUGCGCACACCAUGUGCCUGUCCGAGCGCCAGGUCAAGAUCUGGUUUCAGAACCGGAGGAUGAAGUGGAAAAAGGAGCACAAGCUGCCCAACACCAAGAUCCGCUCCUCCACCUCGGCCUCGUCCUCAACCUCGGGGGCCCAGCAGCAGCAGCAGCAGAUCAAAACAGGCCAGCAGCUCGUCCCCACGCCGUGCACCGCAGGUCUAUAGUGCAUGAACGAACCCCCACCACCCUCCCCCAAAAAACCCAAUCCAGACUGAGAUGGCAAAUAACACAAGUGGAAUUUGAUGGACCGAUUCUCAGUAUUUUACACACAUGGUGUUAUCUUUCACCUUGCCUCUGCCAUUGGGCCCCUGUCACGUCCUUUGUGCCCUUUCCCUCUCCGGUCGCCCUCUUCAUAUAAGCUUGAAAUUCACCUUUAAUUGCCACGGUGGCAACUGAAGUGUUUAUAUAUUUGUUUAUUAUUAUGAAAGAAGGAUAACGCACAUUCAAACGUAGGACUUGGAGCAAAAUGUAUCAUUGCAGUUAAAAUUGAGUGAGGUGAAAGUAAGUUUGAACUCAUUUUUUUUUCUAUGUUCUCUUUGAUUAUUGUUUUUUUUUUUUCUAUUAUUGCUCAUGGAAAGUUCUAAUAUACUUGAAAGAUAUUUAGCGAGACUCUAUAGAUGCCUGAUAGAAAACCAGACGGCUGUGUUAGAGAUAUGGCAUCAGUUAGAGUAGCAGUAUAGUUUGUGUGUUUGAGUGGGUUGGUUCACUGUUGAAUGUAGUCCAGGUGACUUUCACAUCUAAUGUACAUAGACAAAUCAUAACGAAGGCACAAUAAGGAAAGCGUUUCGUCGAGUAAGAUUCUGUUCGUUGGUGUUGUACGGUCUAGUUUUAUUUGUGCUAGUGCGUCCUAUGUUGUGCUGUGUUCUAAACUGUGAAUAUUUGUAUGUGUUGUCUCAGUAAUGAUCGUUGUGAUGUAGGUUAGUGUAGGAUAAACCUGUCCUUGUGAAAUAAAUAUGUACUUCACUUAUAAGGCU